CCUCCAUGGUUUCUGCCCUUCUCAAGAGCAUCCCAUCUUACAUACUGAAGCUUUGCAAAGGAAUGUUUACAAAGAAACUGGCAAAUACUACAAAGAAGAAAGAGAGCAGUCAGAAUAAAAAAGAACAAAAUUUGACCCCGGCCAAUGAGGGACGAAACCCAACAUUUUCCACAGCAUUCAAAAGCACAGUCCAAAAAAUUUCCAAAUGUUCAUCAGCAUGCAACUUAUCGACUGAAGAAGAGGAAGGAAAAAAAGAUUUUUCACUGUCCCCCACAUUUAGUUAUAGAGUAGCAAUAGCAAAUGGACUUAAAAAAAAUCUUCUGUUAGCUAACAAUAAUGAACGUCUGCUUCAAGAGGUCUUAUCUAUUGACAGCAGCUAUUCUGGCUCACUGAGUGAGGAAAAAGUUGUCUGCAGAAUCAAUGAACAGAAAUUUUUAACAAUGCCAGUAAGAAAGAACAAAAAAAGCCUGAACAGCCUUGCUCCCUCUGAUGGAAGUUCAGAAGGGGAACGCACUCUGACCACACUGCGGCUUGGUGCACUGCGCAAGUUAAGAAAAUGGAAAAAAAGCCAAGAAUGUGUCUCUUCGGAUUCAGAGGUAAGCAACUGGAAGAAGACAUUGGGUAUUAGGAGCAAGUCUUUGGACAGAGCUGGUCGCCAGCAACAAAUGCAGCCAGUGGAGCCUGGUUUUAGCUCCACUGGCUGCAUCAGUCAAACCCACGACGUUAUGGAAAUGAUUUUUAAAGAGCUUCAGGGGAUAAGUCAGAUCGAAACCGAGCUCUCUGAGUUACGAGGGCACGUCAAUGCCCUCAAGGAUUCUAUUGAUGAAAUAUCCAGCAGCGUGGAGGUUGUGCAGAGUGAGAUUGAACAAUUGCGAUCUGGGUUUGUCCAGUCCAGACGAGAAACCAGAGAUAUACACGACUACAUCAAACAAAUUAAUCAUCAAGGAAACAAACUUAGUUUAAGAUUUUUAAAUGUACCUGAGGACCAGAACGAAAAAGCAGAACAUGUAAUUUACCACAUUUUAAAGGACAAAAUGGGUUUUGCAGAUGCACGCAAGACUCUUAAGAUUGAACUUGCCCAUCGCCUGGGACAACAAAGGGAAUGUCCCAAUGCAAAACCUCGCCCCAUCAUCGUGUUCUUUGCAAGUCCACAAGAAAGGGAUUUAGUUUUAAAGAAAUGUUAUAAACUGAAGGGCACAGGCAUAUCUGUCUCAACUGAUAGCCUGGCUCAUGAAACAAGAGAGAGAAAAGACAGGGGGAUGACAUCCUCGCAGACAUAUGAAAGCAUGGACAUAAAGGUAUCAGUCACAGAGAAAGAGGAGCAGGAUGACUGGGGCUCCUUAGACAGCGAUAAAGAGUUAGAAGACCUAAAUAGAAAUAAAUAUGCAACUCUUUCUAAGACUCCAUCUAAAAGUAAAACUGACAAAAAAAAAGCAGGUGCAGAGUCCCAAGAUAGCAGAGCUCUUGACAGGACUUCUGAUGGAAGUACCUAUUCACACAUGGCACAAUAUGCUGAUGACAGCUGUCAGUCAUCUGGAUAUAAAGGCCAGGAUCAGCAAACAAAGCCUUGUUACACUGACAUUACCCCUGGAUGGCUUUCGCAGAGCGAUUACUCAACACCCAAACUUAGUCGUUCAGAAUCAGAUUGUUCAAAACUGUGCCAAUCUUACUCCGAGGAUUUCACAGAAAGCCAGUAUUUUAGUAGAGCCAAUGGAUGCUCACUUAUGUCAUCCUCAGACAGAGAACUGUGGCAGAGAAAGCAGGAAUACAUGGCCUCAUCCUGGUUUGCUAGCCCACCAAGUCCAAAUUUAAGUCAGGAAAAUCAGCCUUACAUAGAACCAAAUGAAGCUGAGAACACUGAAACUGUUGACAGUGGUGUCAGCAAUGGGCUGGUGUGUAUAUCAGGGGACAAAAGUCAUUAUAGUGAUUCUCAGCUCUCUUUGCAAGGUGACCUUUCCCCCUGGAAGGACUGGCACCAUUUAGAACAGGGUGCAGACUCAGGUCUAGAUGCUUCAACCCUGCAAAACUUUGUUCCAGAGGUAGACAGCUCUUUUGAUCCCAAUCUAACAAAUUACACAGAAAGUAGUAUGCAAUGUCAGGAAGUUGACCAUCAGUAUGAAGGUGAAAACUACAUGACUGUCAGAAGCAACUCUUCAACUUGUCCUGGCUUUGAAAGUGAGACCCAAAGUCAAAUGGAUGCCCAGAGUGAUCCAGAUCCAGAAUCGUAUGCAAGCAGUUUAUAUCCAAGCCAAACCAGAUCUGCUGCUAUGUGUCGAAGUCAGAGCGAGAUACGAAGUGAAGAUGAAGAAGGACCCCCCAGGUCGUGGCAUAGCCGACUGAGUAUAGACCUCACUGAUAAAACAUUCAGCUUCCCUAAAUUUGGAUCUACUCUUCAGCGUGCUAAAUCAGCGUUAGAAGUGGUCUGGAACAAAAGCACCCAAAGUAUCAGUGCCAAUGAGGAAGUUAACACUGCCAGCAACACUACGUUCAUGGGCCGCAUUAGGACUUUGUCCCAGUCUACUGCUAAUGAUUCUAGUACAACUAUUGAUUCUGAUGUUUACAUUGAGCCUUACUAUUACAGGGCAGAUGAUGAAGAAUACAACAAACAAUCUGUUGACAAUGAAACGGAUUAUGUUGAAGUUAUGGAAAAAGUACUUGCUAAACUGGAAAACAGGACAAAUGCAAAUGAACCUGAUGAACAGUACCAGGUUUAUGAAGCUACCAAUGAGGUUAAUUAUGUGUUGGAAUAUGACUGCAGUUAUGAUGAUGAUCAAUAUGAGGACCAGUAUGAGGACCAGUAUGAGGACCAGUUUGAGGACCAGUAUGAGGACCAGUAUGACGACAAUGACUUUGCUGGCGACACUCCAGAGUUAGAAUCCUUGUUAUAUGAAGAAGGAACUGAAGAAAAGGAGGAUGAAAAUCAAAAUAUCCCAGAGGACCCCGUUGAAAUCGAAAAACCCAAAAAGAGAAUUCGACCAACCUUUAAAGAAGCUGCUUUAAGGGCAUAUAGAAAACAAAUGACUGAACUGGAAGAACAGCUUCUUGCAGGAGAUAGCAGUGCUUUGGAUAAACAGGCACGACUAGCGAGUGGAAAUGCUUUUGAAGCAUCAAAACUGUUGGGGCUCCAAGCCUCUGGCGGUGUACUUUAUGGUAUUGACAGCAUGCCAGAUUUACGACGGAAGAGGACGAUGCCUAUUGUUCGAGACCUGGCUAUGACUCUGACUGCUCGAAAGGCCGGUAUAUCGUUUGCACUGGUUACCAGGACAACUUUAAACAAUGAAGAGCUGAAAAUGCACGUCUUCAAGAAAACAUUGCAAGCCUUAAUUUAUCCAAUUUCAUCAACCACACCUCACAACUUUGAAGUUUGGACAGCUACAGCUCCCACUUACUGUUAUGAAUGUGAAGGGCUUCUGUGGGGCAUAGCCAGGCAAGGCAUGCGAUGCACAGAAUGUGGAGUAAAGUGCCAUGAAAAGUGCCAAGACCUGCUAAAUGCUGACUGUUUACAGCGGGCUGCUGAAAAAAGUUCCAAGCAUGGAGCAGAAGACAAAACACAAAAUAUCAUUAUGGCAAUGAAGGAAAGAAUGAAAAUCAGAGAGAGGAACAGACCAGAGGUUUUUGAGAUGAUUCAGGAAAUGUUUCUAAUAUCAAAGGACGACUUUUUACAGCACUUGAAAUCAGCCAAGCAGAUUGUAUUGGAAGGCACAUCCAAGUGGUCAGCCAAAAUAACCAUUACAGUGCUUUGUGCUCAGGGUUUACAAGCUAAGGAUAAGACAGGCUCCAGUGAUCCCUAUGUAACAGUGCAAGUUGGAAAAACUAAAAGAAGGACGAAAACCAUCUUUGGUAAUCUUAAUCCAGUAUGGGAUGAAAAGUUUCAUUUUGAAUGCCAUAACUCCACUGACAGAAUAAAGGUGAGAGUCUGGGACGAAGACGAUGACAUCAAGUCCAGAGUCAAGCAGCAUUUCAAAAAGGAAUCUGAUGAUUUUCUUGGGCAGACAAUUGUAGAAGUGAGAACGCUGAGUGGGGAGAUGGAUGUCUGGUACAACCUAGAGAAAAGAACUGAUAAAUCUGCAGUGUCUGGUGCCAUUAGAUUAAAAAUCAGCGUUGAAAUGAAAGGAGAAGAGAAAGUUGCCCCGUACCAUGUGCAAUAUACAUGUUUACAUGAGAACUUGUUCCAUUAUUUGACAGAAGACAAAAAUGGUGGUGUUGUAAAAAUCCCAGAAGUGAAAGGAGACGAAGCCUGGAAGGUAUACUUUGAAGAUGCUGCUCAAGAAAUUGUUGAUGAAUUUGCAAUGCGGUAUGGAGUAGAAUUCAUCUACCAGGCAAUGACGCAUUUCUCUUGCCUGUCUUCCAAAUACAUGUGUUCUGGAGUCCCUGCAAUGAUGAGUACCUUGCUGGCCAACAUCAAUGCUUAUUAUGCUCGCACAACAGCUACAACUAAUGUGUCUGCUUCAGACCGCUUUGCUGCUUCAAACUUCGGGAGGGAAAAGUUUGUAAAACUCCUUGACCAAUUGCACAACUCGUUGAGGAUUGACCUAUCAAAAUACCGGGACAAUUUCCCUGCCAGCAACCCUGAAAGGCUUCAGGAUUUGAAGUCAACAGUGGACCUGCUUACCAGCAUCACCUUUUUCAGGAUGAAGGUUCAGGAACUGCAGAGCCCACCCAGAGCCAGUAUGGUGGUGAAAGAUUGUGUGAGAGCCUGUCUGGACUCCACAUACAAAUACAUUUUUGACAACUGCCAUGACCUCUUUAACCAAGUCGUUGAUCAGACCAAGAAACAAGAUGUUCCACGAGAGGAACAGGGACCAAGCAUCAAGAAUUUGGAUUUCUGGCCUAACAUGAUUACACUGAUGGUGACUGUCAUUGACGAGGACAGGACAGCCUACACGCCUGUUCUGAACCAGUUCCCUCAGGAGCUGAACAUGGGAAAAAUCAGUGCAGAAAUCAUGUGGAACCUUUUUGCCCUGGAUAUGAAAUAUGCAAUGGAAGAGCACGAGAAGCAACGUCUAUGCAAGAGCACAGAGUACAUGAACUUGCACUUCAAAGUGAAAUGGUUUUAUAAUGAAUAUGUACGAGACCUCCCUGCCUUUAAGGAUACAGUCCCAGAAUAUUCUUUGUGGUUUGAGGCCUUUGUCAUUCAAUGGUUGGAUGAAAAUGAGGAUGUUUCGAUGGAAUUUCUCCAUGGAGCGCUGGAGAGAGACAAGAAGGAUGGGUUCCAACCAACAUCGGAGCAUGCCCUUUUUUCUUGCUCUGUGGUGGAUGUUUUUACACAACUGAAUCAGAGCUUUGAGAUCAUCAAGAAACUGGAGUGCCCCAACCCCCAAGCUUUAGCACAUUUCAUGAGGCGGUUUGCAAAUACCAUAAACAAAGUGCUACUCCAAUAUGCUGCAAUUAUAUCUAAAUAUUUUGGAGCAUAUCUUUCAAAGGAGAAACUGCCUUGCAUCCUGAUGAACAACAUUCAACAACUGAGGGUUCAGCUGGAAAAGAUGUUUGAGUCUAUGGGCGGCAAGGAGCUGGACCCUGAAGCCAGUUCUCUCCUGAAAGAAUUGCAGAUAAAACUCAAUGCGGUUUUGGAUGAGUUAAGCAUCGUUUUUGGUGCAAGCUUCCAGCCUGUAAUUGAAGACUGUGUCAAGCAGAUGAACCAGGAAUUGAGUCAAAUGAAAGGAAAUGGGGCUGCAAACAAAAGCAAUGCCACCAUGGAUGCAGAAACUGCCCUAAGGCCACUCAUGGACCUACUGGAUAAAAACCUCACUUUGUUUGCUAAAAUCUGCGAGAAGACAGUGUUGAAAAGAGUUCUCAAAGAACUGUGGAAAUUAGUUCUGAACACUAUAGAAAAGCAAAUUGUAUUGCCUCCAUUAAUAGACCAAACUGGAACCCAGCUGAUUUUCAAUGCAGCAAAAGAUUUGGGACAGCUGUCCAAACUAAAGGAGCAUGUUAUUCGAGAAGAGGCUAGAAGCCUGACCCCAAGGCAGUGUGCCGUCAUGGAAGUGGUGUUGCCUACCAUCAAGCAAUAUUUUCAUGCUGGAGGAAAUGGACUGAAAAAGGCUUUCCUGGAAAAGAGCCCAGAUUUGCAGUCCCUGAGAUAUGCUCUUAGCCUUUACACACAAACUACUGAUGCCUUGAUCAAGAAGUAUACCUGCACUCAACACUCUCAAGGUCAAUCAUCCAAUGGAUCAGUGGGCGAAAUAUCUGUUCAAGUGGACCUGCUGACACACCCAGGCACUGGGGAACAUAAAGUCACUGUGAAAAUUGUGGCAGUGAAUGACCUAACCUGGCAAACAAAUACCAUGUUCCGUCCCUUUGUGGAGGUGAAUGCUGUGGGGCCCAACCUCAAUGACAAGAGGAGGAGGUUUGGCACAAAGACCAAAAGCAACACCUGGUCCCCAAAGUAUAACGAAACAUUCCAGUUCAUUUUGAGCAACGAGGAUGGCCCAGAGGUCUAUGAGCUUCAUCUCGCCGUGAAGGAUUAUUGCUUUGCCAGGGAAGACCGUAUUAUAGGAAUGACAGUUAUCCAAUUAAAGGACUUAGUGGAAAAGGGGAGCUGUGCAUCCUGGUAUCCUUUAGUGAAAAAUAUAUCUAUGGAUGAAACUGGAUUGACCAUUCUGAGAAUACUCUCCCAGAGGACCAAUGAUGAAGUGGCCAAAGAAUUUGUACGUCUCAAGUCAGAUUCACGGUCUGCAGAAGAAACUGUAUAAACCUGAAGAGGAUUGAGUGUAAAGGAAGAAAUCCAUUAAGGAGAUGGUAUACUGUAGGUGCAGUUAUACUGUUUGUUUAGUGCAUGUGUGUGAAAAUCUGUUGGAAUGUUAAUUUUGAAAAACGUGCAAGUGUUUACCUAUAAUUAUUAAGUACUUUAUUCUAGAAGAUACAUUGAAGAGACAUUACAUACUUUCUUUUGUACAAAAUGUAGUCUUUUUGGACAGAAAACUGUUCAGUUAAAGUGCCAAACCAGAAAACAAUGGUAAUCUUGGUAUCUUUUCAAUUUGUUUGACUAUUUUGUUUGAGAGUUUCAUUCUGUUUAACUGUGUAGUGUUAACUGCUAAGUCUGUUCAUUUGCAUAGAGUAGUUGUUUGUUAGUAUGUUUGACAUCACUUCCUGUCCUGCGCAUGUCCUUUGUUCCAUGUCACAUCCUGUAUUUCAUAGUGACCAUUUGCUUUGGGUCCCACAAACCCAAACCCCCUCCCCUUUGUAUUUUGAGCUGACCUAAGGAGACAUUUUCUAAUACGGCAAUGACUGCUAUGUUACCUUCGUAGGUGUUUGUAAUUUUAUAACUCCUGAAAACAAUGAAGACUCUUCUUCUCUGCUAUAAGUUUAGAAAGAAACAACAGAGACAUUUUUUUCAUUGGCUUCCAGCCUUUCUGAAUUAUCACUGUGAAGAUGAGCUUUGAAGUCAAGCUUACAUAACAUUGCUACCAGUUUGAUAUUGUCGUUUCAUAUCUAGAAAUAACUUUGUUCUUAAGAAACUGCCAAAGUUAUAUAACAAUGUUUGUACAAAAAAAGGCAAUCCAUUACCUGUAUGAAAAAUGUACACGUGCUUUACAAUGAUUGCAUUAAUGAUUGUUGAUGGUUUGGUUCUGAGAAUCUUCUAUUUUUUUGAUCCGUGUGAAGCUGUUGACCACUUUGAAAGUUGUAAAUGUUGCUUUACAUAUUUGUUACAUCAGCUGCAGCCAUUUUACUUUCUUUAAAACAACAACAAAAAAAGAUUUGAACAUUUGGUAAUUAUGCAACAUUUCUAUGUAUUGCACUGAUGGCGAUUGUAUGUCAUGUAAAUAUAUUUAGUGAGAAAUUAUAAAAAAAAAAACUGUGUUUUUUAUUUAAUUUCAAUGCAUGCCCUUGUUGUCCUCACAAAUAUUAUGGGAUCUGUUCAGUUGAUAUAAAGAGUGGCAGUGGCAGAUCUAAAUACUGCCGCUAUCUGUAAGGUUGUUUGGGUACCAAAACGUUAUGAAUAGCAACAUUACUGAUACAUCUGAGUCGCAUUAGUGUAUUGUUGUGUAAAUCAGAAAACGUAUUUAUCAGACAAAGGAUAGAAAAACAAAUCACUUCUUGCCAUCACGCUGUGAAACAUGCAUAUGAUAUGAAGACAAUACACUGCUUCAUCAAGCAAUGUCAGCAAUGCAUUUACUUGCUGAUUACCUGCCAUUUUUUUAAAGACCCCUCUAUAACAUUAAACACUUCUUUACGAUGAGGAGAAUACAGUAUUGUGGAUUUAAAAAAAAAAAAAUCAUCAUUUUAAUCCGCCACAAUUCAGAUCAAUUUCACAGAAAGUACUCUUUCAUCAAGAAAAUAGACCUGCGCUGAUAGACACCCAGGAAAUUACACACAAGAAGAAAAAAAAAAGUUAAUCCUGUAAUUCUUUUUUGAUUCACCCUUUAGAGUCUGAUUCUCAUUAAUCUAGUCCCUGUGUUUCCCACAAGUUAUUUCAUUCUGCACAGUACCCAGACAUACAAACAGAUAUGAAUUAUUUAAAAGCCAGAAGCUUCAAAGUGACUUGGUCUAUUAGAGACCACUUUAUGUCUUGUUACAGCAAUGGAUUGCCUCUUACUGGAAUAAGGAUGUAUCUAACAUUACUCUUAGCGCAGUGAAGUGCUUAACUAUAUAGAAGUAAAUACAGUUGGAUGAAUAGAUGCUUGCUUGGUAAUACUUGUUCCUUUUGUCAGAAAAUCUAAUCAAAGCAAAUAAUUCUCUUAAAUAACUUGC